GUUCAUGCUCCUCUCCCACUAUUUCUUACCCAUCGGGCUUCUCGUCUAUCUCGUCAUGGAAAUGGAUCCGGUAAUCCAGAUCCUCUACUGGACCCACAGAAAGGUCCCCUUCCUUCAUCAAGUCACAGGCUUAUUCAUCAACAAUUUCGUCUUCCGCAUAAUCUCCUUUUUUCAUCGGUACAUCAUCUGUUUACUAAUAUCGCUGGAAAUUGUGCGAGCCAUUUGCUUGUCUUGCUACGCAACUAUUUUUGGGGGACGAAUGUUUAACGCGGUGCAAACUAUUAUUACUCGAACAGUACAGUAUGGAAGGAUGGAUUCUAUAAGGGGUUACAGACAGAUGCGCCUCGUCCUCGCGGUCGUUCGCCCCGGGCAAAGUCAAGGGUGCUCCGCGGGUAUCUUCAUCCUAGCUGUAUUCUCCAUCUUUUUGAAAUACGUCCUUAUCGUCACGCUACGAACAGGUGGACCAUUCUACGUCCUCCGAUUCCUCACCUGGGGAACAAUAAGUGUGGACGCCACGUUAUUUCAGGCUCUCAAUGUGGGUGGCGGAUUCGGAACCGGGGUAGCCGUCCUGUUGGCAAAAUUAAAAGAGACGGCUUCUUUCGUCGCGAAGGACAAGGCCGAGUUAAAACUUUUUCGGAAAGAAUUUGCAGCCGUUCAAGUAACCGGGAUGCCCUUUGCGAUUGGCCAAUUCACCUUAUGCUACACUAGUCCGGCUGUUACUGUGGCGAUCGCGGGGUUUAUUCUGGACCAAACGGUGAAUCUGAUAGUAUCUGUGUAGCAGGACAAAGUGCUUAUUGGAUAGAAUACA